GCCGCAAGCAGGUAUAAGGGGUGGCCAAGGAGUAAGCCUCCUCCUUAACACAGAGAACAUGAGGCUUCCCUUCUGGUUCCUCCUGGCCGUGGUCUUGAGCAUGGAUCUAGCUGUAACACAGGGCCUGCGGUGCCACCUGUGCAAGGGCUUUGGAGGCUGUUCCCGCCAGUUCACCUGCCCAUGGAACUCCACCCACUGUGUCAUCAUUGCCACCCGGUCUCCCAUCAGCUUUAAAGAAUUGCCUCUGGUGAAGAAGAUGUGCUACACUGGUUGUCCUGACAUCCCCAGUUUGGAAUUAGGUCCUCAUGUAUCCCUUGUUUGCUGCCAGUCCGACCUCUGCAACAGGGACUGACCACCUUCCUCCAUUACCAGCUGGCUCCACAGAACCAUACCAUGCCUCUCACUCACGCCUGGUUCUUGGAGAUUAUUCUGGUCCAAAGCCCCCCAACUCAUACUUCUGCAGGAAGUUCCCAAUGGAAUCUUGCGUAAAUCCACUGUGGAACAUACUAAGACCCUAUCUGUGGACCUCCCUCAGGAUCAACAAAUCUCCCAAUAAAAACUACCUGGAUCACACAGUAUGAGUUGUCCUGUGGAC